AUGCCCUGCUACAAGGGCAUCGCGGUGAGCAUCCACGCCAAUGGAGCCCCGCUGCCCGAGCAUGGCGUCCAAAAGAAUUCGCGCUUGUCGCGAAUCAACAGUUACAUACCGGUCCCGCAGCCCCAGCUGAACCCAGAGACAAACAAGCCUGAGCCGGCCAAGUUCGCCAUCUCUAUCACGCUGCUCACCCCAGGGCUCGCGAUACCUUACUCGAUGCCUCGAGCGACUCCGAGCAAUCCGUAUCCGAAACCCCAGAUCGUCGGCCCCAUGCCGGCCCCAGGAGAGCGUGGAAAGACGGGCCUCGUCGACCCUUACGUUCCCUUGACCAGCAGCGAAAACGAGACCAUCGCCGCCUACAUUUACUUUGACGGAAGGGCCAAAGAAGAGGUUGCCACGCUCUUGCGGCCCGGAGAAGAGACUUGGGUCAAUAGUAGAUGGGUUCAAGUCCCCGAGUCGGAGGGCGGCGGCCUGGCCGAAAGGGAGUUUCUCUUUCGCGAAGUCGGUUUGGAGAGAUGGCUGAAUGGUCUCGACCUGAAGGGGCACGACGCCGCCGAGAAGUUGGAGCGCCGAAGACAGAAGUUUGAGAAGCGUAGGAGAAGGCAAAAGCCCGCUGGCGAGGGAGCCGUAAGCAUGGAGAUUGAGGGCGCUACUAGGUCGCGCGGCACCUUCCGGUACGCCGCGGACGAGCAGGCGCCCGUUGAGGCCCUCCCUGACGAUGAUUCUCUCUCCUCUUCUGACGAUGACGAGCCGCCCGAGGCGACCGGUCAGAUCAAGGUCGCCAUGUUCCGGGUCAUCGCCUCAGGCGAAAUCAAGAAGGGAGAGUACUCGCCCCAGUUUGAUGCGCACGACGACUCUUCCGAGGACGAGGGCAAGGGAGGCUCUAACGGAAUCGAUGCCGAUGUGGAGCACACCACUAGUUUCGCGAAGCCGAAGACACUCGAUCCCAAGACGAUCAGCACGCAGACCGUGACAGGUAUCGACGGGCCGGACAAGCCAUUUGCCGUUUUUACUUUCUUCUACCGCGGCGAGCGCCAACUGCAAAAGAUGGGCGUCAUGGCACCCUCCAAACCGCAGUCGACCUCCCCAGCAGCCAUGAAGCGGCGAUCUGGUCAGCUCGACUUCUCCAAUCUCGGCCCUCUAAAGACCAGCGGCACUGUCGGCUUCUCACGCUUCCGAGACACGGACAACCAGUCCACACGAAGGCGGAAGGCACGCAAGAGCAACGGCGUCUCGGAUGCCAGCGCAAUGGUUGCGGACAGUGACGACGAUGACGACGAUGACGACGGCGCCGAGAUACUUGCCAAGAUGGACGACCUUGACACUAAGUAUGACAAGGCGAAACUCGGCCCAGAAGACGCCAAGUUCACUGGCGAACUAGCCGAUGGCGUGAAUCGAAUUAGGCUCAAGCGAGCGCAUUCAGUCGAGCCCGACAGCGCAUCCAGCCCGAGAAAGUCGCCAAGCGCUGGAGUAGCUACGCCGCCGGAGGGUUCCCUCGGCUCAGGGAGCGUGGCAUCGGCCGCUGCAGGCAUCUUCGGGAAACCCUUGGCGGGUGAUAACGAUGUUGUCGGAAGCCCAAUGAAGAAGGCUCGGCCUAGCAUCAGCGGUGCGGACCUCGGCGCAACCGGAAGCGGGCCCAGCAGCGGGAGUUUUCCUUCCGCACAGCCGCUCGGGGAUAUACUCGCCAAGGCUCAGGCUUCUCAGGCAAGCCAGGAUCAGGAGCAGCCUUCGUCGAGCAUGAAAGUGGAAGUGGAGGAGGAGUUGUGA